UAUUGUUGUCACAUUACAGAACAAGAGGGAGGAGAAGGAGAACAUUACAACCGGUUAUUCAUUUAGCUAGCUAGCUAGCUGUGGCAACGUGUGGAGGUGUGGAAAAUGCCCAAGUUUUACUGUGACUACUGCGAUACAUAUCUCACCCACGAUUCGCCGUCAGUGCGGAAGACUCACUGCAGCGGACGCAAACAUAAAGAAAAUGUGAAGGACUACUAUCAGAAAUGGAUGGAGGAGCAAGCACAGAGUCUUAUUGAUAAAACAACUGCUGCGUUUCAACAAGGGAAGAUCCCACCCACGCCGUUCCCAGGAGCACCUCCGCCCGGUGGCUCGCUGCUUCCUCAUCCAAAUAUUAGUGGACCCCCUCGACCUGGCAUGCUACCCGCUCCCCCGAUGGGUGGGCCUCCCAUGAUGCCCAUGAUGGGUCCGCCUCCUCACGGAAUGAUGCCGGGACCAGGUCCUGGUAUGCGCCCCCCCAUGGGUGGACACAUGCAGAUGAUGCCUGGGCCUCAUAUGAUGCGUCCUCCUGCCCGCCCCAUGAUGCUUCAAGUCAGACCGGGCAUGGUGCGGCCAGACAGAUAAGAACAAACUUCAACUCUUUGUGGACACAUCUUUGCCCCUCUACACCCCCCCUCCUUUUCAGAUAAUGCCAUUGCUCAAAGUCAUGCAUGGGGAAUUACGGAUCAAAAAAAAAAAAAUGUUGGUGGGCUGUGAGAUUUUGGAGGACUGCUUUUCCCCCAUUUUGUUUUUAUUUCGAUUUGUUGAUUUUAAUUCACAGUUGGCCAAACAUUUUUUCUCUCUGUGUAUUGAUGGCACUGGUGCUUAUGAGGAUUUGCACCUGUAGAUUUUUGUUUUUCCCAUUUGUGUUUUUUUCUUUUUGUAAACUAUUGUAUGUUGACAUUUUAUGAAAUAAAAUUUUAGAGAAAACA